AUGCAUCUCAAGCAGGAGCCAAACUUCCAUCACAACGAGCUUGAAUCUGCACUCAAGCUUCUCCGCAUCAACAUCCGCCACCGCGGCCCCACCCGCACCCGCCAAGCGCAAGCCAUCAGCGGCGUCCUCUGGACCACCCACGACGUUCCAAGCACAAUGACCCUCGCCCAGCUCUUCAGGCGUCACAUCAAAGGCGGCGUAGUCCCCGAUCAGACAUUUAUUCUCCAGCAGAUCGAUAGGCGCUUUGAGCCCGUUGUUGGAACUAGGGUCUUUGUUUGGAACGAACUCAACAUGACAAAGGUUGCGGAUGCGGGUUGGGUGUUUGACGAUGGGGAGGUCUGGUUAGGGAGCUAUAUCCCAAAUGUUUGA